CAAAAAGCAACCUAGAUCCAAACCAGCGCACAACAUAUCGAAAUCGAUCAUCGAGGCCAUUCCUUUCAGCCGUCUUUAUCACCGUCAACCGCCGCUGUGCCCAUCAUCGUCGCUCGCCUUCGACUGCGUCGCCCGCCGCCGCGCCUCACCGUCGAUCUUCAUUUUCACUCAUCGCAACAGCCAUCAGCGUCGCCAGGAUCCUGUCAUGCUCGGUCUCUUGCUCGUUCCCAUCAUGGAGGAGGAGGUGGACGUUGCGAAUACAGAGGAGAGAGGACAAGGUCUGGGGAAACUGGAAAGAC